AUGGAUAACAACAAUUCAAGGCUUUCCGGGGACCAACAGAGACAACUGUAUCAAUCCCAAAGAACCCUCUCUGAGAUGCCAUCAUCGUCGCUUGGCUCCACGGCAAAUGAGGUUGAUUGGCAAGAGGAGCUUUACCAAAAGAUCAGAACUAUGAAAGACAAGUACUUACCAGAUCUUUGCGUAAUCUCCCAGAGAAUUGCAGCCAAGUUUCAGCAACAAAAUUCUCUUCCGCAGCAACAAAGAUCAGAGCAGUUUGAGAAAUUGAAACAAUUCAAGACGAUGGUGGAGCGAAUGAUACAAUUCCUAUCGGUUUCAAAGAGCAAUCUCGUUCCUGCAUUUAAGGAUAGGGUGACUUUUUAUGAGACGCAGAUUAUAAGAUUCGUAAAUAUGCACAGGACGAUGAAGCCAGUACAGAAAGAGCAGCUUCCGCAAUCUCAGAUGCAGCAGCCUAUGCAGCAACAAUCAUCUCAGAACGGUAAUCUUGCCAUAGACAAAGUUGUCUGGAGAACUCUACAUCCACCAGCAUCACGCCAGAAAAAUGUUAACAAUCUAUUGGAAACACUGAAGAAACAAGUUCCCUAUUCUGGACAAGACGGAAUCGAAGAGCUCACGAGAAUUGCUGUCAGCUUCGAGGAGUUAAUUUUCAACACCGCGAAAAAUCAGUUGGACUACUAUUGCAAAAUAUCCUUGAAGAUACAGAGUAUGGAAUAGGGAAGCUAAGCCAAAUAAGGAGGAAGGCAAAUGCAUGUCCAUAUUGGUAUGUAAAGAAGAAGCCUGCAAAUGUUUAAAGGAAGGCACGGAGAUGUCAAAAAAAAAAAGGAAGGCAUGGAUAAAGUGAUUUCUCGUUUCUUCUAAAUCUUUCUUUUUUGGUGGAAACAAAAACUAAUAGAAAGUUAUCACUUAUAAAUAGGUUUAUGUUAACUCUAAUAUUCAAUUUUUUUCGUUCUUAUAAUUGGUUGAUACGAGCUAUUACAGUCUGCAGCUACUCUGAAAAAGUCAAAACGAC